AUGAGCGCCUCGCACCGAGCCCAGCUCCAGUCCAAGUCGACGCCGAACCUGCCCACGCUCGGGUCGCUCGGGCUGCUCGGACCGCCCGGAGACGCCGUCGAGCACCCGCGCGCAUCGAGCCCGAGGUCCCCGCCGGCGAGGGGGACGGCGGGCGUCGAUGAAGAAGAGGAAGAGGAAGAAGGAGAAGAGGAAGAAGAGGAAGAAGAGGAAAAAGGAGAAGAAGAAGAGGUGGACAGUCGGCCAGCGUCUCGCCCGCUAUUCACCUCGCGCUCGUACACACACCUGCCCCGACAGUCUGCGAGCGCCCUCUACCCGCCCUUCUACAACCGCCCGCCCGUCCCUCUGCCGCCGUCGCCGUCGCUGACCUCUCUCCUGCGUCCUGCCUUCAGCGCCGCGACGUCCCGACCCACGACGCCCGACUCGUCCGACGUCGAGCCCAACACGCCCACGUCGAGCACCACCAACCUCGCGCACAUGACGCACUCGGCGCGCAACGCGCCCACGGUCCCGCGCGCCUCGCCCAAGGUGCCCACCUACGAGUACUACGGCUUUGCAGUGUACCUGGGCAGCUCGGCCGCGUUCCUGACAUAUGUCCUGUGGGCCUCGGUGCCGGCGCCGCUGCUGCACCAGAUGGGCAUCGCAUGGUAUCCCGACCGCUGGUGGGCGCUGGCCGUGCCGUGCUGGCUCGUCGCGCUCGUCGUGUACAUCUACGUCGCCCUGGCCAGCUACAACACGCGCUACCUCACCCUGCCGCUGGCCAGCUGCGAGAACCUCGUCGACGAAGCCGCGCAGGUCGCCGUCGUCGACCGCCGGACGGGGCUCAUGGCGCGCAACCCCGUCUCCGGCGCCGUCGGCGCCGACACGGGCAGUCUCUCCGCCUACCAGUUCCGCGCCGACGAGCGUCCUGAUUGGACGGGCUUCUGGAACGUGGGCACGGACGCCGUCAUGGAUGUGCCCAUUGGCGGUGUCUGCGAGAUUCUGUACGGGAACGACCGCUGA